CCAAGCUUCGUGGGCCGCGAGGCGCAGAACUGCGGGCGCUCGCCCGGCUACUCUUGCGCGGAGCCGUCUAGCUCGCUCCCAGCUCUGCAGGCGGCGUGCGAGUCCUGACCGCUGCGCCCGCGGCCCGAGGCGAAGGCAGGAGCUGGCCCGAGGCUCCGUGGCCGGCGCGGCUCUCGGUCCCCAUAUUAGCCCUCUGAAGAAGCAGGUAGAGUUAUUACCAUUUGAGAGAUGAGGAAGCUGAGACUCAGGAUACACCUUGCUCCUAUAAUACAGCGAGUGAGCAACCAAGCUAGGAUUCUGGCCUUGUCUUUUUGAGAGAGGCCUGCGUGGUGAAUUGAACACUAAGGGAAACAGGAAAACUUUGCGGCCAUCCUCUGAACUUUGGAGGUUUGGAACAUGGCAAUCUGUGGGAGGCUCGUCCUGGAAGGAAGCACCCCUGGUCACUGCAAUGCCUAAGAAUCAGGUGUGACGUUUCUCGGGGACUUCAUGGUGUCCUCUUCCUCCAUCUGCGCCACACCACUGCUCCACGUGGCUCCUGAAACAUGGGAGAAAACGAGGACGAGAAGCAGACCCAGGCCGGGCAGAUUUUUGAGAACUUCGUCCAGGCUUCCACGUGCAAAGGCACCCUCCAGGCUUUUAACAUCCUCACGCGGCACCUGGACCUAGACCCUCUGGACCACAGAAACUUUUAUUCCAAGCUCAAGUCCAAAGUGACAACCUGGAAGGCCAAAGCCCUGUGGUACAAAUUGGACAAACGUGGAUCCCACAAAGAGUAUAAGCGAGGAAAGUCAUGUAUGAACACCAAGUGUCUCAUCAUUGGGGGAGGACCAUGUGGUUUGCGCACUGCCAUUGAACUUGCCUACCUGGGGGCCAAAGUGGUCGUGGUGGAGAAGAGGGACACAUUCUCCCGGAACAACGUGCUACACCUCUGGCCUUUCACUAUCCAUGACCUGAGGGGCCUGGGAGCCAAGAAGUUCUAUGGGAAGUUCUGUGCUGGCUCCAUCGACCAUAUCAGUAUUCGUCAGUUACAGCUCAUCCUAUUCAAGGUGGCUCUGAUUUUGGGAGUUGAAAUCCACGUGAAUGUGGAGUUUGUGAAGGUUCUAGAGCCUCCUGAAGAUCAAGAAAAUCAGAAAAUUGGCUGGCGGGCAGAAUUUCUCCCUGCAGACCACCCUCUGUCGGAGUUUGAGUUUGACGUCAUCAUUGGUGCCGAUGGCCGCAGGAACACGCUGGAAGGGUUCAGGAGAAAAGAAUUCCGUGGGAAGCUGGCUAUUGCAAUCACUGCCAACUUCAUCAACAGAAACAGCACAGCCGAGGCCAAGGUGGAAGAGAUUAGUGGUGUGGCUUUCAUCUUCAAUCAGAAAUUUUUCCAGGACCUUAAAGAAGAAACAGGCAUUGAUCUCGAGAACAUUGUUUACUACAAGGACUGCACCCACUAUUUUGUCAUGACCGCCAAGAAGCAGAGCCUACUCGACAAAGGCGUCAUCAUUAAUGACUACAUCGACACCGAGAUGUUGCUGUGUGCAGAGAAUGUGAACCAGGACAACCUGCUUUCCUACGCCCGCGAAGCUGCAGACUUCGCCACCAAUUACCAGCUGCCAUCUUUAGACUUUGCCAUGAACCAUUACGGGCAGCCCGACGUGGCCAUGUUCGACUUCACCUCCAUGUACGCCUCAGAGAACGCGGCCCUGGUGCGCGAGCGCCAGUCACACCAGCUGCUCGUGGCCCUGGUGGGCGACAGCUUGCUUGAGCCCUUUUGGCCCAUGGGCACAGGCUGCGCCCGCGGCUUCCUGGCCGCCUUUGACACGGCAUGGAUGGUAAAGAACUGGGACCAGGGCACUCCUCCCCUGGAGCUGCUGGCUGAAAGAGAAAGUCUUUACCGGCUGUUACCUCAAACGACCCCAGAGAACAUCAACAAGAACUUUGAUCAGUACACGUUGGACCCGGGGACACGGUACCCAAACCUCAAUUCCCAUUGUGUCCGGCCCCAUCAGGUGAAACACUUGUACAUCACUACGGAGCUGCACCAGUUCCCUCUCAAGAGGAUGGGCUCGGUGAGGAGAUCCGUGGGCCUCUCCAGGCAUGAGUCAGACAUUCGGCCCAGCAAGCUCUUAACCUGGUGCCAGCAGCAGACCGAGGGCUACCAGCAUGUCAAUGUUACCGACCUGACCACCUCCUGGCGAAGUGGCCUGGCCCUGUGUGCCAUCAUCCACCGCUUCCGGCCUGAGCUGAUCAACUUUGACUCUUUGAAUGAAGAUGACGCUGUGGAGAACAACCAGCUGGCGUUUGAUGUGGCCGAGCGGGAGUUUGGCAUCCCCCCAGUGACCACGGGCAAGGAGAUGGCGUCAGCCCAGGAGCCUGACAAACUCAGCAUGGUCAUGUACCUCUCCAAGUUCUACGAGCUCUUCCGGGGCACCCCGCUGAGGCCCGUGGACUCUUGGGGCAAAAACUAUGGAGAAAAUGCAGACUUCGGUGUGGCCAAAUCAUCCUUUUCUCACAACUAUCUCAACCUCACGUUUCCAAGGAAGAGGACUCCACGAGUGGACAGCCAAACCGAGGAGAAUAAUGACAUGAACAAACGGAGGCGGAAAGGCUUCAACAACCUGGAUGAGCCGUCCGCCUUUUCCAGCCGGAGUUUGGGCUCCAGUCAAGAGGGCAGCAGUAAAGAAGGUGGCAAUCAGAACAAAGUCAAGUCCAUGGCAAGUCAGCUGCUGGCCAAGUUUGAGGAGAGCUCUCGGAACCCUUCACUCCUGAAGCAGGAACGCUGCCGCUCGGGGAUAGGUAAGCCUGUCCUACGCUCGUCCUCUGACCCUCCUGUUAAUUCUCGCUGUCUCAAGCCAGAAGAGCCCCCAACCAGCCCGCCACCUCCUCUGAAAAGGCAGUUCCCCUCGGUGGUUGUGACGGGGCAUGUGCUCCGAGAGAUAAACCAAGUGUCUGCUGGUGGAGAGUGCCCGAGCCGGCCCUGGAGAGCCAGAGCCAAGUCUGACCUGCAGCUGGGUGGGCCAGAAAACCGCGCUGCCCCGCCUCUCACCUGCCAGGGAGCGCUGGCCCUCUCCGGGGUCCUGCGGAGGCUGCAGCUAGUGGAGGAAAAGAUUCUGCAGAAGAGGGCUCAGAACCUGGCCAACAGGGAAUUUCACAAAAAGAACAUUAAGGAGAAGGCGGCUCACCUUGCCUCCAUGUUUGGACAUGGGGAUUUCCCGAAGAAUAAGUUACUCUCUAAAGACCUGUCUCAUACUCAUCCUCCGUCUCCUCCCUCCUGCCUUCCAUCUCCUGAUCCAGCUGCCACUUCCUCUCCAUCGACUGUUGACUCUGUUUCUCCUGCCAGAAAGCUGACGGUAGGGAAAGUAUCCAGCGGAAUAGGGGCUGCAGCAGAAGUCCUGGUCAAUCUGUACAUGAAUGAUCACAGACCUAAGGCCCAGGCUACCUCUCCAGACCUGGAAACGAUGCGAAAGGCAUUCCCCCUGAACCUGGGUGGCAGCGACACCUGUUACUUCUGCAAGAAGCGUGUGUACGUGAUGGAGCGGCUGAGUGCAGAGGGCCACUUCUUCCACCGAGAGUGUUUCCGCUGCAGCGUCUGUGCCACCACCUUGCGCCUGGCUGCCUACGCCUUUGACACCGAUGAAGGCAAAUUCUUCUGCAAGGCGCAUUUCAUUCACGGUAAAACCCAUAGUCAGCAACGAAAGAGACGGGCAGAGUUGAAGCAACAAAGAGAGGAGGAGAUGUGGAAGGAGCAAGAAGCCCCUCGGCGAGACCCCGCUACGGAAAGCUCUUGUGCAGCCGCUGCUCUUGGCCCGCCGGCAGGCAGCCCCCCAGCAGAUGAGCCAACCUCUCCCAAGAAGCCCAAGAGCAUCCCGGACCCAGAGCCUGGCGAUGUGGAAGGCAAAGCCACCGUUCCCCCGCCCGCCGAGUGGACCUCUGUGAGGAUCGGCCCCGGGGAGGACGUGGCUGGGCAGGACGUGCUGGCUGUGUGCGUCUUGGUCACCAGUGAUGACAGCUCUGAUGAAGAGUUGGACUGUGCUGGCCACAGCGAGGUCUCCGUUGCAGAGCCCUGUGAGGAAAGACCCCAGCAGCCACAACCCUUACUCCCAAUGAAGCCCCUUGCUCGCCACAGCUCCCUGAGGGAGACCCUGGCCCGGACAUUCUCUGCACAGUGUCCCGAGGAGCCCAGCACCCUGCAUGCUCUGCAACGGGCCAGCAGCUUCCAGGCUCCAUCUACCAGCAAAUACCAGAACUGGAGAAGGAAAUUGCAGUCGGGCUUGACGCCAGCGAACCAUAAAAGAACUGUGUCACCUCCACGGGAAGCUUCUCCUUCCGUUUCUCUUUCCUCGUUGUCUUCUGCCUCGUCUUCCCCAGCAUCCUCCUUAGGCAGCAUUGCAGGCAGCGCUCUGGACGGUUCCUUGCUGCCCCAGCAGGUCUCAAGAGGCCAUUUCAGUCCUUCCACCCCAAUCUUUCUGAGGCGAGCCAGAGCCCAAGAAGCACCCAGAGGAAUCCCCCUAUAUCUGCCUCACGGCCAAGUGCUAGAGCGGGCAGAAUACUGCCUGGCGAGGCCUGGUGCAGAUGGCCUUGCAGGCCUCAGGCCACCCAGCCCUGCAGAGAUGGCUUCUGAUGGCUGUCAGGACACCAGAAGCACCCACAGAGGCCCAUAUGCCAUUGCAGGGAAAGACAGGUGCUUGCCAGACCAAGGGCGGUCUCCCAGGCCUGGAGAGAACUCAGGAGGAGGGAAUGCUAAUUCCCAGGGUGGAGAGGAGAGCAGGUCAGAGCUGGCAGAGGGGAAGAAGUGGGGCUUAAAGAAGCUGGCCCUCACUCAGGAGCAGAAGAGCAGGUUGCUGGAUUGGAAUGACUUCAACCCCCAGAACUUGCGCCUGGAAGGUGGGCCGCAACUUUCCCAGAAAAGUGCUGAGAACGGCAGGGGCGGCCGUGUGCUGAAACCAAUCUGCCCCUUGGUGCUCCCUCGGUCAGGGAGAGAGGCCCUGCCAGCCCAGGCGGAGGCUCAGGAAAAGAAGGGGACCCCAGCUGAAAGGACUCCAGGAGAGCGAAGCGUGGCUCCCCCCAAGUCCCCGCUGAGGCUCAUUGCCAAUGCCAUCCGAAGGUCGCUGGAGCCCCUCCUCCCCAACUCCGAAGGUGGGAGGAAGCCCUGGGCCAGGCCAGAAUCAAUGGCUUUGCCCACCAGCCAGCCACAAGCUUGCUCCUGUUCAUUCAGCCUUCGGAAGACCAGCUCCAGUAAGGAUGGGGACCAGCCGUCCCCGGGGAGAGACAUGGCGAGCAGGGCCUCAGCCUUCUUCUCCCUGGGCACCCUGCCCACCAGAGCUGCCCAGAUGUCUGCCCCUGGCCUUCCUCACCCUGCCCUCCGCGCCCGUAGUUUGCCCAACCGGUCUUCCAAGAUGUUUCCUGCAUUCGCGUCCCCACCCUGCAACAAGAUGGAAGAUGUCCCCACGCUCCUGGAGAAAGUGAGUUUGCAAGAGACUUUCCCAGAUGCUUCCAGGAGUCCAAAGAGAAAAGUCUCACUCUUUUCUGCUCUCGGACUCAAAGACAAAUCUUUUGAGAGUCCCCUCCAAGAAUCCAGACAAAGAAAGGACCUCCGUGACCUCUUUAGCAUCCCCAAGGGGAAGGUGCUGCCUGUGGACAGUGCCCAGCCCCGGGAGAGGCGGGGGCUGCCUGUCAGUUACCCAGGGCAGAGGGUCCAUCCUCCUUCUCCAGAGCGAGAUGCAAGUCCCAAGCACGUCCCCAGCAGGGUGCAGGUGACAGGGGCUGGCUCUUCCACCUCCUCUUCUUCUGAAGACGAAGAAUUUGAUCCCCAACUUUCCUUGCAGUCAAAGGAGAGGAAGAUGCUUAGAAGAAGAAGGAAGCUGGAAAAAGCAACACAACUAUUGGUUAAACAAGAAGAAUUAAAAAGACUUCAUAAAGCUCAGGCCAUCCAGAGGCAGCUGGAGGAGGUGGAGGAGCGGCAGAGGGCCUCCGAGAUCCAGGGCGUGAGGCUGGAGAAGGCGCUCAGAGGAGAAGCAGAUUCAGGCACACAGGAUGAAGCACAGCUUUUGCAGGAAUGGUUUAAGCUGGUUCUGGAGAAGAAUAAAUUAAUGCGAUAUGAGUCGGAACUACUGAUCAUGGCUCAAGAACUAGAAUUAGAAGAUCAUCAAAGCAGACUGCAGCAGAAGUUAAGAGAGAAAAUGCUCAAGGAGGAGAGCCAGAAAGAUGAGAAUGAUCUAAAUGAGGAGCAAGAAAUAUUCACCGAGAUGAUGCAAGUGAUUGAGCAGAGGGACAAACUCGUGGAUUCCUUAGAGGAACAACGCAUAAAAGAAAAGGCUGAAGACCAGCACUUUGAAAGCUUCAUAUUCUCCAGGGGCUGUCAGCUGAGCAGGACGUGAGCAGGGCCCUGUCCC